AUGUCGGCGUCGUGGACUCGCGUGCCUGGCGAUGGAGGCACUUCCGCUUCAGAACGCGCAGUGAGAGCAUCUGAAGACAGUGCCACGCUCAACCAGCCCAUGAGGACCUACGACGCUCCGCUGGCCGGUCAGCCCAUCGGUCCCAGCGCAUACUACCCCACCACGGCUGACUACAAGUCCGAAAAGGACUAUGCCUACCCUUCCAGCUACGGCGGUGCAGGUCAGUGGGCCAACGAUGGCGGCUCGCCCAACUCGAACAACACUUAUCCUCCUGCACAGGUAGCCCAGCAGUACCAUCAACACCGACAACAGCCCUCGCACGCCUCGGAUCUGUCCAGUCGUGUCGAAGCCGCCAUGCACAAGGGCAAGGAGGCCGCUUACGGCAAGCGUCCUUCCGUAAAGCGCAACGACAGCGACUCCUGGGAGCGUCUUCUCAAAGGCGCUGGCUACUCGAGCGAAUCCGCCAAUGCCAGCUUUGUCGGUCUCAACGGUCGCCACGCCGGUGGGCCCAAGCUCGUCCACCCUUCGGUUCGACUCUUGUUCUACAUCAUUGUCCCUACCGCCCUUUUCUGGAUCCCUGGUAUCGUUGCCCUACUCAUCUACGAUGCCCGUCCUGCAAAUGACUUCAAGAAGCCUGCUGUGCUGGAAGUCGGCAUCUUUUGGUGGUCCGUCUGGCUCAGCUCGAUCUGGAUCGGCUGGUGGGUCUGUCGCGUCGGUGCAAUCCUCGUCCCCAGAAUCCUGCGUUGGACCAUCGGAAAUGUGCAUCAAAAACUGCGACGCUACUGCGAGUUCCUCGUCGCUACGGAAAAGUUCGUAGCAUUCUUCAUGUGGACCAUUCUCCUCGUCGGUCUCUGGUUCGGAAUCGUCAUUGGCAACUUCCAGGGUGCUGACAAGUCGGCCAUCGAGCAAGCCUCCUUGACGCCCACCAACUCGACCAGCACGAGUUCCACCACGAUUGUCACACAAAAGAACGACAGCUCCUGGCCUUCCACCAGCGACUUUAUGCUCUCCGGUUACCGUCUCUGGUUUGGUGUGUGCAUCAGUGCUGCCAUCUUGCUCGCCGAAAAGCUCGUCAUCCAAGGCAUCGCCUACAACUUCCACCGCGUCUCCUACGAGGACCGCAUCUCGACGUCCAAGUUCAACAUCAAGGUUCUUACUACGCUCUACGAGAACUCGAAGAACAUUCAGCGCAAGGACACCUACAUUGCUGCCGAGCACGAGGCGAAGCGCAAGGCGACCGGUCUUCACGUCGCACGUCAACGUCUUCGCAAGACCCGUGAGAAGGUGCGUGAUGCAGCCUUGCAGAGCACGAGCGUGCUUGGAACCGUUGCAAGCGAGAUUGCCGGCCAAGGCGUCUCGCAGCCCGGCAACCCUCGCUCGGUGGUCGCCGCAUCGCUCAACUCCCGCAAGCAGACGCAGGCGCUAGCACGAAGGAUCUGGUACAGCUUCUGCCCGCCUGGCAAGUCUGAGAUCAUUGUCGACGAUAUCGCCCACUGCUUUCCCGACGCCGUCACAGCCGAAGUCGCAUUCGAGAUUUUUGACCGUGACCUCAAUGGGGACAUCAACAAGGACGAGCUCGAGUCGGCCUGCAUCGAGAUUCAUCGCGAACGACUCGCGCUGCAGCAUUCGAUGCGCGACGUCGACUCGGCUGUUGGACGACUCGACUCGAUCUUCAUGAGCGUCUACGUGCUCGUCUCAGCCAUCAUCAUUGCAGCCAUGCUUUCCAUCGCCUUCAGCACGCUCGUCACCUCCUUCGGCACGCUUAUACUCGGUCUCUCGUGGCUCAUCGGCUCGACCGCUCAGGAGACGCUUGGCGCUAUCAUCUUCCUCUUCAUCAAGCAUCCCUACGACGUAGGGGAUCGUGUCGACGUGGGCGAUGAUCAGUACAUCGUCAAGGAGAUGCGCCUGCUCACCACCGUCUUCAAAACGACCAACGGCAAGAAUGUCAUGAUCAGCCACAACCAGCUUGCUACCAAGCCGAUCGUCAAUCUGCGCCGAUCUGGAUCCAUCGAAGAGUCGUUCAAGUUCGAAGUAGCCUACGGCACUUCUUUUGCGCAGAUCGAGGCGCUGCGAACCAAGAUGGUACACUGGCUCGACGGCGAGAAGCGCGAUUUCCUUCCCGGCUUGGACAUCAAUGUCGUCGACUUCCAGGAGCAAGGCAGUCUGUUGCUCUCCGCAGGCAUCCGAUACAAGUCCAAUUGGCAGCAGGGUGGACUGAAGGCGCAGCGACGCAACCGAUGGCUGUGCCAGCUCAAGGUGUUCUUGGCCGAGUGCAGGAUCUACGGUCCCAAGGGCGAUCCCAAGGAGACCUCGCUCAACCAUGUCACCAUGGUUCCAUACCCAGCACCGGACUCGGUCAACACGUUCACGAGCGCCGAAGUGGGUGUGCAGAGCACGCUGGGCGAAGGCGAUCGUGCAUACAAGUUCAUGGACACGGGCGCCACUUUCGGUGGUCAUGAUGUCUUUGACGAGGCUGGCAACGACGGCUCGAUCGCUCCUGGUACUGCUCCGCCGUCGCGACCCAUGUCGCCAGCCAACGCGCUCGAGCAGGGUCGUCUGCGAGGUCGAAGCCGUAGCCCUGGCGGCAUGCCCGUUUCGUCUUCUGGCCCUGCUCCCCCUUACGCAAUGUCUCGCCGAGGAGUGGGUCUCAGUGAGACGUACGAGCUGAAGGACCAGCCUCGACGCAUCUAG